UUCAAUCGGAGAUUUGUUCGGCUUGAUGCUAAAAAACAAUAAUCUGCAUUUAUUACUUAUAUGCUAAAGGUUUAUCGUUUAUUUCAUGUUAACUAGCCAUGGCUAAUCCAUUUUCAAACGUCGGUAAAGAUCUUACCGACGAACAACUGAAAACUUGGGAGGAAAUGAAUGAAAGACUUAGAGGUUUGGUUCACAUGUCUGAUGAUGAUGAUGAUGAUGAUGAUGACGAUGAUGAUGAUGACGAUGAUGAUGGAGAUAAUGAUAAUGGUUUUGAAGAUGACGGCGAUGAUGACAAUGAUAUACCUGAAGGAAUAGUUGAUGAAUCUCUGAUGGUGACUGAUGUUACAGCGGAGAGUUUUGGAGUGACAAGAGAUGCAAAGACAAAAAAGAAGGAGCCAAAUGAUAAUGCUGUGAAGCCAUCAACAUCUAUGGAGUCUACUUCAAAAGUUUUAGGACUUCCAGUUGAUACAGAGUUAACCUUACAGUACCUUGCAGGGAAGAUCUCGUUUGUGGAGUUCAGUGAGGCCAUGGAGCAAGCCAGCGACGAGGUUGAGAGGGAAAUCCAUGUUGAAGUGGUCUGUGAGGAGCCGGAGGAGUCACCAGAUGUGAUGGAGGAGGCGGCAGCUAAAGUCCCCACUCCCAGGAAAAAGAUUGGAGAAGAACCGCCAAGGAAAAAGGUACGUAAGCGUCCCAGGCGUCAGUGUGAUCUCCCAAAAGAUCUGGAGGCGGACAUGGGUGAAGUGAAUAUGCUGUUUGCCCGCGGGAAACAUGAUGAGGCCAUCAAGCAGUGCCUCGAGAUUGUAAGGAAAGCCCCCAAUGCUAACAAGCCGUUCCAGACUCUGGGUAUGAUAUAUGAUGACCUGGGUGACACACAGAAAUCACUCCAGUUUUACCUGAUGGCGGCCUACAUUGACCCAGGGCACAGUGAAGAGUGGGUCAGGCUGGUGGACAUCUGCUUGGAACUGGAGGACAUACAGCAGGCCAUCAAGUGUUACUCUAUGGCUAUAAAGGCAAAUGGGAAAAACAAGAGGGAGUGUAUUUAUGAGCGAGGUAAGCUGUAUGAGCAGACAGGGGACAGGAAGAAGGCUCUGGAGGGGUACCAGUCACUGCUGCCCCUUCUGAAACCAGAUGAGGGGGAGAAGUACUUCAGAUUUGCCUGGGCCAUCUCCAAGAACUUCCAUGAGACAGGAGAGAAUAGCAAGGCAAUUGAGGUGAUGAGCACAGCUUUCUCCACCCACCCUCAGCGAAUCACAUCAGAAGAUGUGAAUUAUUUGGUGGAGAUACAGUUACAAGAGAAAAUGUAUGUGGAAAGCCUGGCUGUUCUGGUGAAGCACUGUGGGGUCGUAUUCCAGUACGCAGGAACCUUAGUCUGGUCUGCUAGCCAAGAUAGGGAUCUAUCACAUGUUGAGGAGAUGGUCCCACAAAGUAUAGAGGUUCCGGAGAUGUUACCCAUUGACCUGCGGGCAAAACUGGCCAUCUGUCUCAUCCACUUAAAGCACGAGAAACUUGUUAAGGCCAUAAUACAGCCCCUGUUGGAGGAGGAUGUGGAGUCAAAUGGUGACCUUUACCUUGACCUUGCCGAGGCCUUCAUAGACAACAGCUUCCACAAGCAGGCCGUGCCCCUUCUCAAGAAACUUACACACUCAAAAAACUACAACCUGGCUGCAGUGUGGCUGAGGUACGGGGAAUGUCUCAAGGUUCUCAAUGACAUCCAAGGGGCAGUUCAAGCUUACAAAAUGGUAGUGAAACUGGCCCCUUCCCAUAUUGGAGCCAGAAUGUCCCUAUCAGCGCUACAACAACAGCUUGGCAAACAUGAGGAAGCUUUGGAGACAUUAGAACAUGAGGAAGUUGAAGAGAGGAAAUUAACCAAACAGGAGCAGCAGAUGUUACUCCAGAAGUGUUCUCUGCUCCACUCCCAGGACAGACUUGAUGAGCUUGUGAUGACGGCCAAACAGCUUCUCUUCCAGGAGUGGAGGAUGCUCGAGGCUGAAGACAUGACUAACAUGCAGGCGAUCAGGACGUACAAGCACAGGAAGGACAGCAUCAUAUCACACUUCACCUCCAAGGGAAAGGAGUCGGCCAAGUUUUACAGCUACAUGUUCAGGUUACAGAACACUAACAAAGUGUUUGUGCCAUUUCUUGACCUGUUCAAGAUGUUUGUCAAGCUGAGUGAUGCACUGAUCAAGGCAGGGCGGGUGGAAGAUUUUGAGGAAAUCUCGUUGCUUGGGAUGCUUUGUCCGACGUUCUUCUAUUCCAGUGACUACAAGAUACAUCCGGAUUUUGAAUGGCUUAUUCUGACUUCAUCAGUAAUGAUAAAAAAUACUAUGAAGGCAUACACCUUUGGUCGACACAUUGUGCUGGAGAAUCUUGAGUGUCCCCAGGCGUGGAACAUGUUUAUGCAGGUGAUUAUGGUGUGUAAUGAUUCCCGCCACAACCGGUUUCUGCUUCGCAAAAUCAUACAUGAGCCCAACAAUAUUUACCUGGGAAUUAUGAACGGGCACACCUCCAUGGCAACUGGCUCAUAUAAACACUCUCUGGGAGAGUAUGCGAAUGUGUUCAAGCGUGUGCCGACAGAUCCGAUGUUGAGUCUGUGUAUCGCCCUAGACUUCAUCCACUGUGCUUCACAACGCUUCUCCGCUAAACGACAGUUCCUCAUUGCACAGGGCAUGGCAUUCCUACACAACUACCUGGAACUGAGGGGCAAGUGUCAGGAGACAUACUACAACCUCGGCCGCGCCCUACAGCAGAUCAACGUGGUCUAUGCUGCUAUUCAUUACUACCAGAAAGCCCUGGAACUCCCACCAAGCACUGGGGAGAGAGGGGGUAUGUUUGACCUGACGAAGGAGGUCGCGUACAAUCUUGCUCUCAUUUACCAGAACAGUGGCUCCCCAGACUACGCCCGCAUGCUGCUGUACAAGCACUGUGUCAUCUGAGAGUGGGAGAAAGAAUUCUCUAACGAGAGAGCAGAAGCUUUGGAAUGUGUUACAGAUGUUGUCAAAUGACAAAUGGUUUCUUGUUAUGCAAGGAAGAUCUGUGAACUAGUAAUGACAAUGGUCUGAUUUCAUCCAGUACAACUCCAGUGUUCUUCAUCUCCAUUGAGUCAGUACAGAUUGCCUGCACUUUCUAUAAGAAUUCCAAAAAAUACUUUUGACAAGUUUUAGGAACAAAAUUUUAUCAGGGUAGCCACCAUGCAGAUUGACACAUCUAACAGAUUGACACAUAUAGCUGUCUGACACAUCUAACAGAUUGACACAUAUAACUGUCUGACACAUACCUGUCUGACACAUCUAAUUGUCUGACACAUCUAACAGACUGACACAUAUAACUGUCUAACACAUAUGACUGUCUGACACCAUGCAGAUUGACGCAUCUAACAGAUUGACACAUAUAGCUGUCUGACACAUCUAACAGAUUGACACAUAUAACUGUCUGACACAUACCUGUCUGACACAUCUAAUUGUCUGACACAUCUAACAGACUGACACAUAUAACUGUCUAACACAUAUGACUGUCUGACAUGAAAACUGUCUGACACAUCUUUCUGUCUGACACAUAUAACUGUCUGACACAUCUAUCAGUCUGAGACAUCUAAGAGUUUGACACAUAACUGUCUGACACAUAUAAUAGUCUGACACAUAUGACUGUCUGAUAAUGUAACUGUCUGACACAUAUGACUGUCUGACACAUAUAACAGUCAGACACAUAUAACAGUCUGACACAUCUUACAGACUGACACAUAUAGCAGUUUGACACAUCUAGCAGUCUGACACAUCAAGCAGUCUGACACAUCUAGCAGUCUGACACAUCUAGCAGUCUGACACAUCUAACCAUCUGACUCAUAUAACUGGCUGGCACUUAUAACUGUCUGACACAUCUAACAGUAUCACACAUAUAACAGAUUGACACAUCUUAUGAUAUGGCACAUCUAAUUAUCUAACUCAACUACCUGACUGACACAUCUUACAGUCAGACACAUACCUUUCUAACACAUCUAACAGACAGACUAAUCUGAUAGAUCUAAUCAUCUGACACAGCAGGCUGAAAUUGAUACAUCUAAUAGACUGACACAACUCACAGACUGACACAUCUAACACACUGACACAUCUUUACAGACUGACACAUCUUACAGACUGACACAUCUUUACAGACUGACACAUCCAACAGACUGACACAUCUUACAGACUGACACUUCUAACAGAUUGACACUUCUUUACAGACUGACACAUCUUACAGACUGACACAUCUUACAGACUGACACAUCUAACAGACUGACACUUCUAACAGAUUGACACUUCUUUACAGACUGACACAUCUUACAGACUGACACAUCUUACAGACUGACACAUCUUACAGACUGACACAUCUAACAGACUGACACAUCUUUACAGACUGACACAUCUUACAGACUGACACAUCUUACAGACUCACACAUCUUUACAGACUGACACAUCUUUACAGACUCACACAUCCAACAGACUGACACAUCUAAUAGACCUGACACAUCUUUACAGACUGACACAUCUUACAGACUGACACAUUUUUUCAGACUGACACAUCUUUACAGACUGACACAUCCAACAGACUGACACAUCUUACAGACUGACACAUCCUUACAGACUGACACAUUUUUUCAGACUGACACAUCUUUACAGACUGACACAUCCAACAGACUGACACAUCUUACAGACUGACUGACACAUCUUUACAGACUGACACAUCUAACAGACUGACACAUCUAACAGACUGACACAUUUUUUCAGACUGACACAUCUUUACUGACUGACACAUCCAACAGACUGACACAUCUUACACACUGACACAUCUUACAGACUGACACAUUUUUUCAGACUGACACAUCUUUACAGACUGACACAUCCAACAGAUUGACACAUCUUACAGACUGACUGACACAUCUUUACAGACUGACACAUUUUUUCAGACUGACACAUCUUACAGACUGACACAUCCAACAGACUGACACAUCUUACAGACUGACACAUCUUACAGACUGACACAUUUUUACAGACUGACACAUCUUUACAGACCAUCUUACAGACUGACACAUCUUACAGACUGACACAUUUUUACAGACUGACACAUCUUACAGACUGACACAUCUUUACAGACUUACACAUCUUACAGACUGACACAUUUUUUCAGACUGACACAUCUAAUAGACUGACACAUCUAAUAGACCUGACACAACUUACAAUUAACCUGGCUAUGCAUCUGUAAAAAUGGUGGGGGAAAAUGUUUGGAGACAUCAAUCGCAAUUUAAUCACAUCCAGGAAUUUUAAGUAGGAUAUUGUAUUAUUUAUACGAUACAUCCAAUGUUUAUUUGAAGAUAAAAUAUCUAAUGAGAGGAUAUUAUGCUGUCUAGAUAUUAAACUUAUCUGAAAUGAUUUUGCAAUGUUGAUUAUUUAAAGGACUUUAAGGACUGUAACCGAAAAAGUUAUUAGCUUAAAAUGGAGAGCAAUGAGGGAAGGGUCCUUGACCCAGAAACUACAAGUGAUUUGCUUUAACCAAAAACAUGAAAUUUAGGAGUGUCAUUCUUUUCCAUGAAUGAACAUGUCUAUUGACUGGCUAACUUCACACACACUGUCAUUUGAAGGACAUCUUAUUACUUAUUGACUAUGAAGGCACUGCAGCUUUGAGGACAGGAGAAUAUAUAACAGCCAUCUACAGCUUGGAUUGUGGAGACAUUCUCUCUGCUGGUUUAGAGAGUACUGUCAAACGUGGCAUGAAGACUUCAGUGUUAUCUACUUUGAUCUUAUGUAUAGUGAAUUUACCUGUUAUCAUUUAGCAAA